CUAGUUCCAGAUCAGUUCUGUUCCUGAUAUAAAAGUACUAGCUCCGUGUUUACUGUGAGACUAAGCACAUAUCUCUCAUCUCUGGGGCUUUGCCAGUUUGAUUAACUCCCAUUUUAAGGAAUCUGAAAGGCUAGCAACCUUUCAGAGUCACACAUUGCGCACAGACCCCACCUGGGGCUCUUGGACCCUGAAAUGUAGAUUUUUUGUUUUUUUUUUUCUGGAUCACCCUAUACUGCCUUCCAGUUAAAGCUAACCUGUCCUGAUGUGGCUGAGCAUAGGUGCUGGGUCGGAUGCUGAAUUUCUCUUGACUUCAGUGAAGCGGGACGGGAUCAAAGCAAUGACUUGCAAGCUCCCUCGAUUUGAAAAAAGUGCCCUCCCACGUGUAUGAAAAUCUCCCAAACCUCAGCCUGGCUUUUGCUCUGCAAACAGAGAUGCAACUCUGUUGCCCAGGGGUGUUUUUCUACCCCACAGAUAUUGAUUCGUCACCUGUUGUGACAGAAUGACCAUGUGUGGUGUGCAGGGUAUGGCACUGGACUAGUAGCCAGGAGAUCCCGUGCUCAAGCCCAGCCCUGUACCUGACUCUCUGUGAUGUCAGACAGGUCCUGGUGCCUCUCUGUAUGCAAUUUCCACAUCAGAAUAUAAGCGAUAAACAGGAUUGGUGAUGUUCAACUCAAUUUCUUUAUUACUGAUAACCAUUUCUCAGAUCAAAUCUCUCUGAACCCUAACAUUAAAAUGCAACAAACAACACGAAACAACACGCGUAUAUUAAAGUGGAACUGCCCUAGGAAGGCCUCUCCCUCGCCACUCUCACCCUCCCUUGUCCCCCACCUGCAAAGCUCCUAGGCAGCCCUGCCCUGUUGCUUCUGAUAAACAGAAGGCAUUCAUCUGCUCCCUCCACCUGCUAAAGUGGAAGCGAGAAUGCAGCCAGUGGAAUGCAGCUUUGGGUUCCAGAAGCUGGGAGCCUGUCACAAAGGUCGCUGCUAUCUGAGACCUGAACACCCAGAAGAUACCCCAGGAGCCCUCAGUUCCAACCAGCUGGCUACCCUAUACCUGACUGCUCACCAUGCAGCCUCAGUCUGUUCUCCACAGCGGCUACUUCCACCCGCUGCUUCGGACCUGGCAGGCAGCCGCCACCACGCUCAAUGCCUCCAACUUCAUCUACCCCAUCUUUGUCACGCCCUGGGCUUGGCCAGGCAAGGGGAACCAGACACUGGACCCUAUCCUCCUCCCAACAUCUCCACUUCCAUAUUCCUUCCCGGCUCCCCUACCAUCCCCCCUAGUUACCCCUUCACCACUGGCCCUUUCCACAGCCACCAAUCCAUAGCCCACCCCCACUCUUGCAGGGAUGUUCCUGAUGAUGUACAGCCUGUUGCCAGCCUUCCGGGAGUAGCCAGGUAUGGUGUGAACCGGCUGGAAGAGAUGCUGAGGCCCCUGGUGGAAGAGGGCCUGCGCUGCGUCCUGGUCUUUGGUGUCCCCAGUAGAGUUCCCAAGGAUGAGCGGGGCUCUGCAGCGGACGCGGAGGACUCCCCGACCGUCGAGGCCGUUCGUCUGCUGCGCAAGACCUUCCCCAGCCUGCUGGUGGCCUGCGACGUCUGCCUGUGCCCCUACACCUCCCACGGCCACUGUGGGCUUCUGAGUGAGAAUGGGGCUUUCCAGGCCAAGGAGAGCCGCCAGCGGCUGGCAGAGGUGGCUCUGGCCUAUGCCAAGGCAGGAUGUCAGGUGGUAGCCCCGUCGGACAUGAUGGAUGGACGCGUGGAAGCCAUCAAGGAGGCUCUGAUGGCACAUGGAUUUGGCAACAGGGUAUCAGUGAUGAGCUACAGUGCCAAAUUCGCUUCCUGCUUCUAUGGCCCUUUCCGGGACGCGGCCCAGUCAAGCCCAGCUUUUGGAGACCGCCGCUGCUACCAGCUGCCACCGGGAGCGCGAGGCCUGGCGCUCCGGGCAGUGGACCGGGAUGUCCGGGAAGGAGCCGACAUGGUCAUGGUGAAGCCGGGAAUGCCCUACCUGGAUAUUGUGCGGGAGGUGAAGAACAAGCACCCAGAGCUCCCCCUCGCCGUGUACCACGUUUCUGGAGAGUUCGCUAUGCUGUGGCACGCAGCCCAGGCAGGAGCGUUUGAUCUCAAGGCCGCUGUUCUGGAGGUCAUGACUGCCUUCCGCAGAGCUGGUGCCGACAUCAUCAUCACCUACUACACACCUCAGCUGUUGCAGUGGCUGAAGGCGUGAUGGAGAGAGUGUGCACGACCCAAGAGCUAGAACUUGACAGAGGCCCCGGGGCCUCGGAGAAGUGAAAACCAAAGUCAAUGCUGCUUUCAGAACUGUGCCCUUGUGCCCUUUUCCUGCCAAAUCUUACCGCUGUCAGCCACAUCGUCAUGGGCUCCACCGAGCUUCUCCCCCACCCGUGUCAGCCCUGAGGCCACCGCGGCCGCUCUAGCUCCUUCCUCUGGUGUCGCUUCCGUUUGAAAGGGAGAGGCGUUUGGAGCACUAGGGGAAGAGGAAGACAGUUGGAUCAUGGAUCCUCAGAAGCUGUGGAAAGACCAAGGCCUCUGGCAGCAUGCCACAUGUGCUGGACCUUGGGCCUGAGGCCUAGAUUGACAUUCCUGAGUUCAGUUCCACAGGAAGGCGAUUCCCACGCAGACCAGUGACUGCCCAGGCUGCCUGCCAUCUGCUGUACUCUGAGCCAUAAACCCCCGACAAGAAUUACUCAUUAACGAGCAGAAGCAUUGCCAGGGGAUCAAAAUUCAGAAGCAAAGAGAAAGUUCCUGAUGGUUGGAGAUGCCGCCAUCGAAAAGGCUUUUUAUUAAAGAGAUAUUUUUUGAGAGUGUGUUUUCUGCGCCCAGACACUGUGCUGGGUACUGAGGAUCUAACCAGACAGCCCUCAGCUUGUCUCUCUGCAUGGAAACUACCCCAAGAGAAUGGGAGAGAUGGGCCACAAGAAAACAAAUAAAGCAGUUACAAAUUCUAA